AUGCUUAGAGUACCACCCAAGACGGCAGUCCCCCCUGAGAAAUUCAAGGCCGUCUUCCCGACAUUGAAGCCAACUGCCUACAACGACCCUGCUGCGGUUAGAGGUUCAAACAACAUCCGCUCAAUAGCCUGGAACCCUUUGGGAACCUGGGUUGCAACAGGCUCCGCAGACAAGACUCUCCGAGUUUGGAACGUAGACAAGCCGAAUGUUCGUCAAUCGACGGAGCUGAAAGGACACUCGGGCCCGAUUGAGAAGAUCGCCUUCAAUCCAGUCAAGGAGCUUGAGCUUUGCAGCGUCAGCAGUGAUGGGACUGUCAAAUUCUGGGACGUCAGGACCAGAACGCUGAUCAACGAGGUCAAGGGGCUUGGGGAAACUUUUACCUUGGCAUGGUCUGCAGAUGGUGAGAGUCUCAUUGUUGGAAACAAGGCCGACAUACUGUAUGUCCUUUCGCCAACGCAAAACACUCCCGUCUCUUCUCACCAACAAGAUGUGCCGACAAACCAGGUGGUUUUCUGUUGGAGCAAAGAGAGAAUCUACGUCACGACUGGCGAAGGUCGAACCAGAAUCCUAUCCUUCCCAGAAUUCAACCCUGUCUACACCUACGACUGGAAAGACCCAGCAGAGGCCGAGAUGAAGCUUACUGGACACACUUCAUCCUGCAUAUCCGCCGCAUUACACCCAUACAACAAGUAUCUUGUUACUGGAGGAACCGACGCGCUCAUUUCCAUCUGGGAUACCACCGAGUGGAACUGUGUCAGAACAAUCACGAAGAUGGUAGGCCCUGUUCGAAGCAUUAGUCUGUCCUUUUGCGGCAACUACGUGGCUGGCGGCAGUGACGAAGGUAACGGCUUGGAAAUCGCGUACAUUGAGACAGGUGAACCCAUAUGCACCUUCAAGACAGCGUCACCGAGCCCUGUGGUAGCGUGGGCCCCCAAUCGAUAUGCUUUGGCCUACAGUGAUUUGGGGACGCUUCGAAUCAUUAGUGCUGGCGCGAAAUAG